GUUUCUUUUUAGAAAUGUUAUGAACAGAAGCAGUACAAAAAUGGCCUCAAAUUUUGCAAGAUGAUUCUUUCAAACCCAAAAUUUGCUGAACAUGGAGAGACUUUGGCUAUGAAAGGAUUAACGUUGAACUGUUUAGGAAAAAGAGAAGAAGCGUAUGAGUUUGUUCGUAAAGGACUCCGAAGUGAUGUCAGGAGUCACGUCUGUUGGCAUGUAUACGGCCUCCUGCAACGUUCGGAUAAGAAGUAUGAUGAAGCCAUUAAGUGUUACAGAAAUGCCCUCAAAUUAGAUAAAGAUAAUUUGCAAAUCUUGAGGGAUCUCUCUCUAUUACAGAUUCAGAUGAGAGACCUUGAAGGUUAUCGAGAGACAAGAUACCAGCUUCUUCAGUUGCGCCCAACACAGCGUGCUUCCUGGAUUGGAUAUGCCAUUGCGUACCAUUUGCUGAAAGAUUAUGAUAUGGCGCUAAAACUACUAGAGGAAUUUAGACAGACACAGCAAGUUCCUCCCAACAAAAUAGAUUAUGAAUAUAGUGAAUUGUUACUAUAUCAGAAUCAAGUGAUGAGAGAGGCAGAUUUAUUUCAAGAAUCUUUGGGACAUAUAGAAACAUAUGAGAAGCAGAUAUGCGAUAAACUUUUGGUGGAAGAAAUUAAGGGGGAAAUGCUGUUGAAAUUGGGAAGAUUGAAAGAAGCCAGUGAAGUAUUCAAAAACUUGAUUGACCGGAAUGCAGAAAACUGGCGUUACUAUGAAGGCUUGGAAAAAGCAUUGCAACUCCGCUCUUCAGAUGAGAGGCUUCAGAUUUAUGAAGAAAUCAGUAAACAGCACCCCAGAGCAGUUUCACCGAGAAGAUUGCCCUUGAAUUUUGUUCCAGGUAAAAAAUUUAGAGAACUCAUGGAUAAGUUCCUGAGACCAAACUUCAGCAAAGGGUGUCCACCCCUGUUCACUACUUUGAAAUCUUUGUAUUGUAAUAGAGAAAAGGUUUCAAUAAUCCAGGAACUUGUUACUAAUUAUGAAGCUUCUCUUAAAAUGAAUGGCUUUUUUAGCCCUUAUGAGAAUGGGGAAAAGGAACCUCCAACAACUCUACUCUGGGUCCAGUAUUUCCUGGCACAGCACUUUGAUAAACUCGGACAGUAUUUGCUGGCUUUGGAGUAUAUUAAUGCUGUGAUUGCUAGUACUCCAACUCUAAUAGAAUUAUUCUACAUAAAAGCAAAAAUAUACAAGCAUAUAGGUAAUCUCAAAGAAGCUGCAAAGUGGAUGGAUGAAGCACAGUCUUUGGACACAGCUGAUAGAUUCAUCAAUUCCAAAUGUGCAAAAUACAUGCUUCGAGCAAAUAUGAUAAAAGAAGCAGAGGAAAUGUGCUCCAAGUUCACAAGGGAAGGAACAUCUGCUGUGGAAAAUCUAAAUGAAAUGCAGUGUAUGUGGUUUGAGACAGAAUGCAUUUUGGCCUAUCAGCGCCUUGGGAGAUACGGGGAUGCCUUGAAAAAAUGCCAUGAAGUGGAAAGGCAUUUUUUUGAGAUAACCGAUGAACAAUUUGACUUCCAUACAUACUGCAUGAGAAAGAUGACCCUCCGUGCUUAUGUUGACCUCUUGAGAUUAGAAGAUACUCUCAGAAGACACACCUUUUAUUUCAAGGCUGCUAGAUCAGCAAUUGAAAUAUAUUUGAAAUUACAUGAUAACCCUUUAACCAGUGAAAGCAAGCAACAAGACGUAAAUUCAGAAAUCCUGUCAGCCAAAGAACUGAAGAAAAUGCUUAGCAAGCAAAGAAGAGCCCAGAAAAAGGCUAAGUUAGAAGAAGAGAGAAAGCACACAGAAAGGGAACGUCAGCAGAAGAGCCAGAAGAAAAAAAGAGAAGAAGAAGAAGAAGCUGCCAGUGGUCAUAAGGAAGAACUUAGACCUGAGAAACUAGAAAGGGUUGACAAUCCAUUAGAAGAGGCCAUCAAGUUCCUCACUCCUCUAAAGACCCUCGCUGCUGAUAACAUUUAUACCCACCUGCUAGCAUUUGAAAUUUACUUUAGAAAAGGGAAGUUUCUACUAAUGUUGCAGUCUGUUAAACGAGCCUUUGCCAUUGACAGUAAUAAUGCGUGGUUACAUGAAUGCUUGAUUAAAUUUUCUAAAUCUGUAUCUAAUCAUAGUAAUCUUCCAGACAUUGUGAGCCAAGUUCUAGCUCAAGAAAUGAAGAAAAUAUUUGUCAACAAAGACUUGCACAGCUUUAAUGAAGAUUUUCUCAAGCACAAUGCUACCUCUCUUCAGCAUCUACUUUCAGGUGCUAAAAUGAUGUAUUUUCUGGACAAGUCAAGGCAAGAGAAAGCAAUUGCUAUAGCCACUAGGUUGGAUGAAACUAUACAAGAUAAAAAUGUGAAGAUGCUGAUGCGGGUUGCUGAGGCACUGCUGGACGGCAGCUUUGGGAACUGUAGUGCCCAGUAUGAAGACUACAGGAAGGCCUGCCAUAGCCUGCUUCCACUCACACCUGCCUUCCUGCCUGCGGGGACCGAAGCUGCCCUGAACCAAACGGCUGGCCACGAGCUCUUGCAGCGUGAACUUUGAAAUCCUGUGCAAAGUGCUCCUACAGAUUCAAAGCUGAGCUCACAUCAGGGUUUCUUUUCCAGUGUGCAUUUUAAUAUUGGCAUGAAAUGAAAUAAUAGAAGUGUUAAAUGGAGUAUAGUGUAAGCUUGUUUUAUACUGUGUCUGGCCUCCAAUUUACAUAGACACCUGUUACAAUUGCUUGUUUAUACUUAUACAGUCUUACACUCCUGAAUUAGGAGUGUUGUUGCUUCUGUAUUAUACUUGAGUUGCUGAUAAGCUGUCUUACGCUGUUUUCUUUUGAUCCUAGUUUCAGAAUCUGUUUUGAUCUCUUUAUUGGCUUUUUUUUUUUUUUUUUGUAAGUGUUAGCUGUAUGUUAAGAAAUAGCCAUAUCUGGGGGGGUGGGAGGAGGGAAGAGAGGGGGACCUGGGGUUUGUAUGUAAAAUGAAAAAGAUGAAAUAAAAUCUUAUCCAUUUUACACACACACACACACACACACACACACACACACACACACAAAAGAAAUAGCUAUAUUUUCCAUUUUGGUAUUUAAUGCGAUCACUCCCUUUUUACCUUAAUUUGAAUGAUUUAUAUUUUCUCCUCGUGUCAUUAGACUCUAAUAUUCUUUUAUAAUAGCCAUAAAAGUGAUGCUUUAUGGUUGAAUAAAGGAACUCCAGUUUUUAUGUUGACAGUUCAGAAUGUGAAGACUGGUUUGCCUCUUAAUCAUGUAAAUUGACCAUCAAAUUUGUUGUGUGCCUGUGCUGGUCUUAUAGACCAUGGUGGAGGAAUUGCGCUUGCUUGAUUGACUAGAGAGUUAGCAAGUCGCUUGUUCUGAGAGGUUUUCUUCAAGGGAGCAUGAUUGGGCAGAGUACAAAUUAAAACAGCAAAGCACUAUCACCCUCAAAGCCUUUCUUUAACUACUAGGUGAAUUCUUAGAAUCCUCAGAAUAACUAAUUCUUAUAGUUAGUUAAGCUGUUAAAUCACAGUGUUGUUGAACAGUAUUUGGUGGAGGGGGGGCACCUUUUUGUCAUAUCAUAUAAUGGAAUCACUAUUUCUCAGCUAUGUCAAUAUGUCUGUAAAUCUACUAUCUGAUACAAACUCAGAAUGGAGAUUUUAUUUAGACAGUCCUAAUUAAAGUGAUUUCCCUUUAUCUCUAGAUUCAUAGUUGUUGAGAGGAGAAAAAUUAACUGUAAAAUAAUGCCUAGACAAUUCUGCAAUAAAUUAUUUUGUACAAAGUU